GUUUGAAUUUUGAAACUGCAAAGUUAGGUUCGUAUUAACUUAAAGACAAAGAAAUGUAAUAAACUAUUUAUUACAUUCCCGCCAAAUGAUUUGGCGCCCAAAACCCUCUCCAAUAUAUAGAAACGUAAACAGUGAGGGAAGAAACACAACAGAGUGAUUUGAAAACUAAAUCCCUAACUUUCUCUCUCUUCAAUGAAGCCACAGAAACUCACCGACUAUGAGCUCCAGCGACUCCAGAACAUUCGCCGCAACGAUGAGAUGAUGGCAGCGCUCAAACUCCAUUCCAAAGCCACCCAACUCUCCAAUUUCAAGCGUCAAAGAGUUGAAGCCAAAUCCACACGCGUGAAAUCGGAAAAGAAACCUAAAACCGAAACCCCAAUUGUCAUCAGAGUCAGACGCUCCCUGCGAACCAGAGGUAUUCCACCAGAUUGUGAGGGUCUUGACAGAGAUUCCGUGGCCCCCACCACUCCCUCCAAAGAAAAACCACUUUCCGUCGUAAGUUUGGGUCCCCUUUCCAUGGCCACUGCUCGUGAAAGCGCUCACUCUGAUAGUUCAUUCAUUGAGUCGCUAAUGGGUAUGGCCCAAGAUGUCAGUGUUCCAAAAGGGAAUGCGGGGGAUUCCCUUGAAUUGGAAUCUCUGUCUUUGGAUUCCGACAAUAUUGCGCGGGUUGUUUCUGGAAGGAUUACCAAUGUCAGGUUUUUCCCUACCAGCAGUGUCAAAAUGAUUGCCGCGGGUAACAAGUUUGGGAAUAUUGGGUUCUGGAAUAUGGGAGAAAAUGAGGUUCAUUUAUACCGUCCUCAUAAUGCUCCCAUUUCUGGGAUUUUGAUUCAACCACAUUGUAUUUCCAAGAUAUACACAAGUUGCUAUGAUGGAGUUCUUCGGCUAAUGGAUGCUGAGAAGGAAAUCUUUGAUCUGGUGUUUGAGAGUGAUGAAACAAUAUAUGCUCUUUCUCAACCACCAAAUGAGACAAACUGCGUAUAUCUUGCCGAGGGUUCUGGAGGUUUGACUAUGUGGGAUAACAGGGCGGGAAAACGGUCGUCGCACUGGGAUUUGCAUGACUGGAGGAUUAACACGAUAGAUUUCAACUGUCAAAACCCUCACAUUGUAGCUACUAGUUCCUCUGAUGCAACUGCCUGCACCUGGGAUUUGAGAUGUACUAAUAGGAAUGACCUCAAAGCCUUGAGGACAUUUACCCACAAAAGAUCUGUCCAAUCUGCUUACUUCUCUCCUUCUGGAGGUAGCCUCGCAACUACAAGCUUGGACAACACUAUUGGAAUUUACAGUGGAGUUAACUUGGAGGAUACGGCUGUUAUUUCUCAUUUCAAUCAGACUGGCAGAUGGCUUUCUACAUUCAGAGCGAAAUGGGGUUGGGAUGACAAAUAUCUCUUCAUUGGAAAUAUGAACAGAGGGGUUGAUGUGGUUUCAGCAGUUCAAAGGAAAAUAGUUAUGACGUUAGAAAGCCCACACAUGUCUGCCAUUCCUUGCAGAUUCGAUAUAAACUCUUACGAGGUUGGGAUGCUUGUAGGAGCUACAAGUGGAGGCCAGCUUUACGUCUGGACAUCACGCUAGGAUGUUUAUUUAACUUGACUGCUCUUGUGUAUGGUAUAAAACUACUAUAUUUUCUGAUUCUAGAUUGUUUUAUGUCGUAUAGCAUCAGUUAUGAGUUAUAAUUGAGUAGACAUGAUUUGAUGUACUUUGUAAUCUUUUGCCAGGCCAUUAUUAGUCAUGGUUUGUGGAUUGUGUUA